CGUCAUCAUCGCCGUCGUAACGCUGACGUCGGUUCCUGUGUAUAGUUGGGCGCCGAGGAAUACUCGAACAUCCGACAACAAUGAAGCAAGUGAAGUCUCUUGUUAUCGGGAGACUCAAGCGACGCUUCGUUAGCUGGCCGACCUGGCUGUUCUUGGUGCUGCUGUCGGUGGGCUGCCUGCGUAUAUGGGCUCGCGAUGGGUCAGGACGCUCGCCCGUGACGCAACGCCCUCCGCAGCCGCGCAUCGCUCCCUCGCUCGUGGCCUGCGUGAACUGCACGAGCCGGCAGCUGCGACGCGCCACGAUGACAGUGGUUCGAGAUGUCCGGAGAGGGGCGCAAGAGCUCUCUGGGGGCGCCGAUCUGUGGACCUACCCGUACCUGCACAAAUAUGCGUAUCAAAGCACAAGAGGGGUCCAGAUAGCCAUUCUCGUGAUGACGUCAGCCAACGGGCAAGAACAGCGGAGAGCCAUCCGCGAGACCUGGGGAAGAGAGUCGAAUUACCCGAACCGCACACUCCGCGUCGUCUUCUUCAUGAACAUGGUGGCCGACGAAAGAGCCUUUAGACAAGUCGAGGCCGAAGCGAAGGCGUACAACGACGUGAUCGCGCAGCCGGUCGGUACUCUGGCUUCGCUCAGCUCCCUGGUGACCGAGUUCGUGCCCACGCACAUGUGGAGCGUGCCGCUCGUGCUCGUGCUCCGCCGCGACGACUGCUUCGUCAACGUGCGCGCGCUCCUCGCCAACGCCCGCCGACUAAUCAACGGGGGCUUCGACGUCGCCGGACGACGCGCCGCCACCUCGCCGCGCAACCUAGGCGGCGAAGGCGAAGGCGAAGCCGCACGAAUCGCCGCCGACGCGAAAAACGACAUCGCCGCACGCGGCCGCCAAGAAGGUCACGGCGCUCAGGGCGACGAUCGGAAGGAACGACGCGACACCGAUCGCCGCGACGCACGGGAUCGCGGCGUCGCGCUGCACUCGACAGAGCGUCGAUCGUCGGAGGUGGCGCUGCACUCGACAGAGCGUCGAUCGUCGGAGGUGGCGCUGCACUCGACAGAGCGACGCUCGUCGAAGGUGGCGCUGCACUCGACAGAGCGUCGAUCGUCGGAGGUCACGCUGCUCGACCCGUGCGCGGUGUUGGUGCGAGGAUGCCGCCUCUUCGAGCGGCUGCAGGCUGUCUGGCCUUUGUACGGCGGCAAUGCGUCGUCGGCCGACGAGAUGUUUUUCAGCGGGCGGCUGGCGUACGCGGCCAACGCGACAGUCGCGCACUUGGACGCGUUCGCUCCCUGUGACGGCGGCCGUUCGUCGUCGUCGUCGUUUGUUCGACGAAACGAUUCGGUCACAAUUAACGGACUCUCGCCUGCCGAAAUGAGAGCGAUGCAUAAAGAGAGCAUACAGCUGGCGUCGGCAGAGAAACGACGGGUAAGCAACGAGACCGCGCCGGACGCUGGGUGGGAAAAAGGGCUCACGCCUCAGCGCCUCAACUAACCGUCUGCCGGCGACCGAUUGCUCGGACAUUUGAGCAAUCUCUGAUUUGAACGUGUGUGUCUGUUGAACAUAUUUCAUAGUGUCGCGCCACGCCUAGUAGUAAUCGUAAUUUUCUUACAGCAAUGAAAAUGAAUGGUUGAAAGCAGAGAGCCAGCACUCUCAAGUGUAGUUACUAUAUAUACAUGAUUACCCAAAAAAUUGCAGUGCCGCAAAAAAAGGAAGGGGGAGGGGUACGCAGGAUGUCGAUGAGACAAAAGCGAAACAAACACAAGCGCGACUUACACUUUUGCUCGAUAUUGUUUGUAACAAUUACGCUGUAACUAGAAAGGCGGGACGUUUUUAUUUUCAAUUGCACAUUUUGACACAGCCUAGGGCAUCUUUUAAGCGCCCUGUUGCAGUCGUCGAGCAAUGGUGAUUAUUUCUUAUAUAACGCGCGCCCGUGGAUAGAUACCCGUGGAAAGAUGGAUUUUGUUCUGAUGGCUAAAAUAAAAUGAGCACUUGAUGUUCAA